CAGACCGACGCCGGGACAUCGACAACGCACGAGACGGCGACGGGGGCGCAGUAGAUGAUGAUGGUGGUCUUCGCGCGUUACCGGUUGAUAAGAACGAUCUAUGGAUGGACGGCCGGUGCGCGCGGGGGCGGGCGGUCGUCGUAGAGGGUUGACGAGGACGGACGUUAUGCGAUGUUUUGUGGGAGGAAGUUGUUGAACUCAGCGGACGCGUGGAAGGGCGUCGAGGCGUCUGACGGCGUCUGUGGCCACGCUGGGCAAGGAAGAAGUCCUUCAUCUCUGUCUCUCUUUUUACGCCUUUUUGUACGUCGGUCAGGUUGUUGGUUGGUUGGUUGGUUUUGGAGACUCACACUCGCUAUCGUUCUUUGCUCUUGCUUUCUUCGUGCUACCUAGUUGUUACUUACGCGCUACUUACCUUCUCUGCGAAGGUCGGCCCU